UGUUAGAUCAGCCGGUAAGUUCCCCUUUAUUUCCUGUUUGUGAGGUCAGGUUGGGUUUUUGUUUGGUUAAUUUGGUUUCUUUUAUGUUGCUUGUUAUUUAAACAGUUAAAGUUACUUUGAGUUACCCAAUACCUAAUAUGUUGUUUGAUAUAAUGUUUUAUAUUUGAUUUUUUGGGGGUAAAUAAAAGCUUUUUUUUAAGCUUUUCUUCUCCAGCUCGGUUCCUCACAGUAGGAUCAUAAAGACCCGAGUCAGAGCGUGCCAGAGGCUGCAGUGAGCCUGUUUGAAUGACCUUAAUUGAGCAGAAAUUUCAGUAAAAUGGCUCCUCCAGUGUUUGCUGGCUGUGUGAUGUGUCUGUUCCUGGGAGCAGUCAUUUUCUCUGCAGCCCUCUCAUCAGCUCAGAAGACUUCGUCAUCUUUACAUUUUGAAUCUGUUGAUGUUGGUCAGGAUGUGAAACUGGAUUGUUCCUAUGAAGAUGGUUCUGCAGUGGUCUUUUUUUGGUAUAAACAAACUCUGGGUCAUAAACCCCAGCUCAUAUCUAAAUUCUUUAAGCAUAAAUCAAAUGGCUCUUUGAAUGGUGAGUUUGGGAAAGAUUCACGGUUUGCUCUAGAAACUAGCCGAGGUAAAAAUGACCUGAAGAUCUCAAACGUGCAAAUAUCAGACUCGGCUACUUACUACUGUGUAAGCGGCUAUUCAUAUGUGUUUGAACAUUUAGCGGGGAUUAUUGUCCAUGUAAAAAGUUCUGUUUCUAUAAUCCAAACCUCAGUGUAUCAGUCAGAAUCUGAUACCACCAGAGACUCCAAGACUCUGAGCUGUACAGUACAGACUGGGAUCUGUGAUGAAGAACACAGUGUUUACUGGUUCAAAGACUCUGGAGAAGCUCUUUCAAGAGAAAUAUACACCUACAGAAGCGGGAAUGAUCAGUGUGAACAAAAUACCAACACACAAACACACACCUGUGUGUACAAUCUGAAAAUGGCCAGUGCUGGAACCUACUACUGUGCCGUCGCCUCAUGUGGACAAAUUCUGUUUGGAAAUGGGACCAAACUGGAGGACUCUUCUUUGCUGCUGCAGGUCUUGAGUGGAGCUUUGGUAUUCAGCAACAUCCUGGUGGUUAUCCUGACAUAUACGGUGUGCAAGACAAAAAGCAACAGAUCAAAAGAUCCUCCUUCAGCAGCCACGGCUCCACAUGCAGAGAGUCACCAGGAUGAAAACAAUCUCCAUUAUGCUGCUCUGCGGGAUAUGAAGUUCAGCGGAUCGAGGAGGGAGCGGGGUGAAGCUAGCAGAGAAUGUGUGUACUCCAGUGUGAAGCAGUAGAGCUGAACGUCUUUCAUUUCUACUUUGUUUUAAUAUGCACCGACCACGCCACCUAGUGCUCAACGUGAAGAUUUUCUACAUCAGCAAUAGAAGAAAUCCAGUGUUAUUAAAAAUAUACAUGGAAUUACAGCAAUAAAACAACUUUAAUAAUUCAAGUUAAGAGGUCAUUUUUUUAUUGAAUGCCAAGGGAGCUUGUUAGCAUGUUACAUACUAUGUUUAUCCAACUUUCUGGCUCAUCUUAAAGUUUUUUACCGAAAUCCUGCUAAAAUAUUUCAACAUACUUAGAUAAAUGGAAAGUAUUACUUUGUACUUCUGUAAGAGAUUGGGAGAGUUACCAUGUGAAAUGAAAUGCACUUUCAACUGAAGUGUGCAAGCCAUACAUGAGUUUUGUAUGGCUAGCAUAUAAAAAGUCCUGCAUGUAGAAACGAGGCAUUAAGAUCUUUUCUUCAUCCUGAACAUUCUGCAUUAUCAAUGACUCUGGUCACCCAACCACUCUACAUGAUUUCUUUUUGUUAUUGUUAUACAUGUUUUAGCAACAAAAAGAAGCUUUAACAGCUUCUCAGCUAAGCUAGCCUCUUAUCUUUGCUAAAAGGGAAGUUUUAAUAGCUAAACAUUAUUGUUUUGAGUUAACCUCUAAACUUGUUUUCUCUAGCAUUAACUACUAUAACCGUCACAUGUUAGGUGAGAUGUUCCUUUUAAAAAUUUGGUUUAGGAUUUUAGCAGGUUUUGGUAACUAAAAAGUAAUCUUUAGGGAUGGAGAGAUGCUUUAGCUAAACGUUCUUGCUGAUUAGCUUGUUAACUGCAACCAAUAACAUCAAUUGAUGGCAGUCGCCAAUAAUUACCUGUUUUUUCUGGAAGUCUUGUAUUGAUUUUGAAAAUAAAAAAAAUGGAUACAGAAAAAAAACAAAAAACAAAACACACAGACACAUACACACACACACACACACACACAUAUGUAUGUAUAUAUAUAUAUAUAUAUAUACAUAUGUAUAAGAAAUUAUUAAGGCUCACUGAGUAGACAGUGGUUUGUCAGGUAUUGUAAAACAUAUUUAUUUUUUUAUUUUUUACAUAUUCUUUCAUUUAAAUGAUCU